AGAGCGAGGAAGAAGAGGAGGGAAAGAGAAAGGCACGCUACGCAGGCGCAAAAGGCGGAGAGACUAAGGAGCGAAUCACAACCGAGGAAACAAAACUGCCGGCUUUCAAAUCCUCCGCCUCCCUUAACGCCAUCAUCCUCGCAGGCUGUGGCUGCGGUAGUAGCUGCAACGUGACAGGCUGGAAGCAGGCGCUUCGCAGCAUCCUUCCCAACUGGUAAUCAGCAAAGGUUGGCGCAAUCCAGACAUGGCAUCGGACGACAUCACUAAGCUGGCGGAGUCGCUCGCUCAGACCCAAGUGGGUGGAGGGCAGCUGAGUUUCAAAGGCAAGAGUCUGAAGCUUAAUACUGCAGAAGAUGCUGAAGAGGUGAUUAAAGAGAUCGAGGAGUUUGAUGGCCUGGAAGCCCUGCGCCUGGAAGGCAACACAGUAGGGGUGGAAGCAGCAAAGGUCAUUGCCAAGGCUCUUGAAAAUAAAUCCCAGCUCAAGAGGUGUCAUUGGAGUGACAUGUUUACUGGGAGACUGAGGUCUGAGAUUCCUCCUGCUCUGAUCUCUCUUGGAGAGGCCCUCAUUUCUGCUGGCUGCCAGCUGAUCGAGCUGGAUCUCAGUGACAAUGCCUUUGGGCCAGAUGGGGUGCGUGGAUUUGAGGCGCUGCUGAAGAGCCCUGCCUGUUUCACUCUGCAGGAACUCAAGUUAAACAAUUGUGGCAUGGGCAUUGGUGGUGGCAAGAUCUUGGCAGGAGCUCUGAAAGAGUGCCACAGGAAGUCAAGUGCUCAAGGCAAGCCUUUGGCUUUGAAAGCAUUUGUGGCUGGCAGGAAUCGCCUGGAAAAUGAUGGUGCGACUGCUCUUGCUGAGGCAUUCAGAGUUAUUGGGACUUUGGAAGAAGUUCACAUGCCACAGAAUGGAAUCAACCAUCCAGGAAUUACAGCCUUAGCUCAGGCCUUUGCUGUCAAUCCCUUGCUGAGAGUGAUCAACCUGAAUGAUAACACUUUCACAGAGAAGGGGGCUGUGGCCAUGGCAGAGACCCUGAAGAAGCUCCGACAAAUAGAAGUGAUCAACUUUGGUGACUGCCUGGUGCGUUCGAAGGGUGCUGUUGCAAUUGCUGAAGCUGUUAGUGAAGGACUUCAUAAGCUUAAGGAACUCAACUUGUCCUUCUGUGAAAUCAAGCGAGAUGCUGCUUUGAUUAUUGCUGAGGCUACUGAAGACAAGCCGGAUCUAGAGAAACUGGAUCUCAAUGGCAAUUGCUUUGGGGAGGAAGGCUGCGAACAACUCCAGGAAAUCCUUGAAGGCUUCAACAUGGCAGAGGUGCUUGGAUCCUUGAGUGAUGAUGAAGGAGAAGAUGAGGAUGAGGAUGAAGAGGACGAUGAGGAGGAGGAAGAGGAGGAAGAAGAGGAGGACGACGAAGAGGAGGAAGAGGACGAGGAGGAAGAAGAAGAGCCACUUCAAGUACAGGAGAGGGGCCAAGGAGAACAAGAAUCACUUACUCCUAAAAAGAUCUUAGAUGAACAUGAUUCUCCUCUGGUGUCUUCACCCCCUCUUCCUCCUGUGGAUGUUGGCACUUUUCUAGCUUUCCCGUCUCCAGAGAAACUGUUGCGGUUGGGCCCCAAAUGCUCAACUUUGAUAGCUCAGCAGACAGACACAUCUGACACAGAGAAAGUUGUUACCGUUUUUCUGAAGAUCUCUUCUGUGUUCAAAGAUGAGACAACAGUAAAAACAGCAGUGAAUGAAACAACAGAUGCUUUGAUGAGAGAAGCAUUUUUGUCUGCUACCUUCAAUUCUGAUGCCUUCAUCACCAGCCUCCUGAUUCAUAUGGGAUUGCUCAAGAGCGAAGAGAAGAUCAAAGCUGUUCCUAGUCUUUAUGGCCCUCUGAUGACUCUGAACCAUAUGGUCCAGCAGGAUUAUUUCCCCAAGUCUCUUGUUCCAGUUCUCUUGGCCUUCGUCACAAAACCCAACCGUGCUUUGGAUUCCUGUUCGUUUGCCCGGCACUUGCUGUUACAGACCCUCCAUCAGCUGUAAUACAGAGGUAGCUGUGCCCCUACCCAUGACAGGACUGAAACUGGAGUGCUCUGAGAUAGAAGCAGUCAAAGACAUCAGGACUUAUGGAUGAAACAUUCUGCCUGUCUUGUCACCAGGAUAUCUGGCUGCUUUCUGCUAUAACAAACUUUGAGGAACUCUGCCAUGUGCUCUUUUUUUUUAAUGUUUUUGUAUUGUUUUACGUUUUUGUGUUCAUUGUUUUUGGGGCACGAUUGUGUUAAGUUCCCUGUUUCCAAAGUGGACUCUGCCUUUCCCAAUAUUUCUCUCUUUUGUGGAGGGUAUUUUGCUUUCUACAAUGUUCUCCUUCGGCUUUUCUGUAUUCUGCUUAGUUGGGACUUCUGUUUCCAAAUUCAGCUGCUGUCAGCACUUAGGGCUCGCUGGAUGUCUCAAACUGUGCCGUUUGUUAGAGGACCAUCUCUCUUGGGAUAACAGUAACUUGCUGAAACUUGGUUUAUUUCUGCAUUGUGCUAUAGACUCCGUAUUGAGUUUUCCCUCCAUUUGUAGACUGGCACCAAGUGUAAAGCGAUGUCACUAUUUUGCUGUUUCUCAGCAUUUCAGGGUGUGAUAAGUGUGGAAGAUGCAUAUAUUCCCAAUUGGGAUAUUUCAUUGCCUGCUUCGUUUGCACAUGUGAUCGUUCACCACUAUUCAUUGACGUCUCCCACUAACACGACAGACUCUGGUAGCCUAAGACUGCUAGUGAUAUUGCUUCACAUACAUAAACAUGUGCCAAAUUAAAAUUGGUUUGGUUCAGAAUAAGCAUAAUCAACUUCGAUUUCCUUUGGAAUCUUCUUUCUUUCUCUUCCUGCUGCCCCCUCAAGGGGGAGAAUUAUCGUUUAUGAAAUGGCAAAUGCUAUCAAUUCACCUUUUGAAUGAGGAUUUUAUAAAUGGAAAUUGGCUAUAUCGAGCAGAUGCAGAGCUGACAAUAACCAGAGGCCUUCAUACAACCCAAAUAAUAGUGACUAUUUCUCUACUUUUUUUAAGCUAUACUUGUGGUCUAAUUCUAUUGUCAUCCAGUUAUUUUCCAUUUUUAAAAUUCUUAGUAUUUCUGUACUUGAUCAUAUUUUUUAUGAGAAAAGUGUGCAUAAUAGUUUCUCUUCUCACAGAUUUUCUCCAGCUAUCCUUGUGCUUGAGCAAUAGGGCUUUUUUACUCAAUUAGAAGGCAGAUUUGAGGAGUCUCCUGCUACUUUCCAUGCAAAAGAAGAAGAAAAAGUGUCAUUCAUUCAUGAGAGCCAUUCCUAGUGGGUUAUUUAAAGAAGAGGACUUGGGCAGUAGGGAAAUCCCCCCUCCCCCGCCAAGAAUAUGGUGCUCAUUAGUGGAUCCUGUGUAAUCAAUACUGCAAAUACUAGCUGUAUAGUCUUGUAAUGCCUCCAUUGAGGAAGUGGUCUAUUUUUUCAGUUGGUACUUUAAUCGUAUGAAUUAAAAUGUUAAGCUGCA